AUGCUCGCCGUGUCUGAGUUCCUGGUUCUGUUCGAGCUGUGCACCGUCCUCGAUAAGGGUGCACUCGAUAUCGAUCUUGACACCGGCUUCAUAACCAAUGGCGGCGACUCCCUCGGGGCCGUCGCUCUUGCAGCAGCCUGCAAAGCGCAUGGUCUAAGUCUGCCGAGGGAGAAGAUUCUUCGCAGCCAGACGCUCCGUGGAGUUGUUUCUAACAUCUCAAGCCCUCAUGUCACGGAUCCGACGCAGGCAAAAAGCUAUCUGUUGUCUAAGCUAGGGUCGGAUGCCACGCAACUCUCUGAUGUAUCCUCCACGUCAUCAAAGAACACAACGCCUUCCUUCGGGCAAGACACGGUUCCCAUCAACCGUUGGCCUCUCUCUGAGAACACCAGCCAUGUGAGCUCUGUUGUCAAGGGUGUCAUUGUCGAUACACCUCCUGACACAGCCUUGUCCGGUCUGACGGGGUCUCCGCUGACAGAGAUGCAACUUCACUUCAUUCACGGAUCACUUCGACAGCCGGGAACAAACUUCAUUACCCACUCGGAGACUUAUGAGACAAGACACGUCCCGAUACUGAAAGAGGCAUGGAGAAUGGUAAUCGAAUCCGAACCAAUAUUCAACCAAGACAUCCCAAGGCAUCAUACAAUGAAUGCCGGCCCGACAGGCUUCAACUGGACUGAUGCGAUGACGCAAGAGUCGGGCGACAAGCACACGACCGAAACAGAUAUUGGCUCAUUCUUUCGAGUUGCACCUGUCAACAGCUCAUCGGGAUUGAGCACAAUCACAUGGACGGUCCACCACUCGAUGAUGGAUGGCUUCUCUGCAUCACUACUGUUUGACAAGGUGUUGCGAAUAGCAAACGGCGAGCAAGCGCUUCCUGCGGGGCCCUCGUUUCUACAGGUUACGCGAGAGCUUGACUUGUUCCGCAAGACAAGCCGAGAGUUUGGAACAGCCUAUUGGGCAGGCAAGCAGGCGGAAAUGAGCAAAGCCCAACAUGAGCUCCUACUUCCGGCAGCUCUUCCUCAUGACAGCUACGCCGGGAGCAAAACUGUCUCGUUGGACAUCACAGACAUUGCCCAGGGCAUCCAAUCAAGGGCAAAGGCCGUUGGUGUUACGCCAGCCAGUAUCUUCAACACAGCCUGGGCCUUGACUCUCGCACAGUUUGCAGAUGCUGGUGUCGUCUCGUUUGGCGCCGUGCUAUGUGGCCGGAGCCUCGUGGUUCCUGGUGCACUGGAUGUUAUUGGCCCUCUCCUCAACACACUCCCCCUCACCAUCAAUGUCGCGAAAGAGAUGACGACCGAGGAGCUGCUCCGGACAACGUUUGACGAGCUUGUGGAACUGGAAGAGUACCAGUGGACAACAUCCGACAACGGCUUCAGUCGCGCCUUUGAAACGGCAUUGAGCGUGCAGGUGGAUGUUGCGGACCACCCCAACCGGCACGUCCGUCCCCAUCAGCGAGAAACUAGGCAAGAGCACGAAGUCCCUCUUGGAAUUACAGUCGACCCUCAGCGCAAAGCAUCGUUUGACUACCAUGUCAAUCGAUUCUCGAGGGAGAACGUAGAAUGUCUCGCUAAAACAUAUCGCCACGCCUUGGAGAGACUACUGGUUCCUACGUGCACCGUCGAGGAGGUUGUCAGGCCCCUCCUUCCCGCUUCCAGCACCGAGAUGCUCCAUCGCUUUGGCAACUGCUCCUCGUCAACGCUGACUUCGAGCAUCAAAGAGGACCUCGUGACGCUCUUUGAGCGACAGUCGCGCGAGAUCCCGGACAAUGUUGCAAUUGAAAAGGGCUGCGACAAGAUGACAUACCAAGAAAUGGACCGCAUUGCGUCCAAAAUUGCCUCGCGGCUCUCUCGCCAUAUCAAGCACGAAGAAGUAGUCUGCGUGUACUCGGAUCGCUCGAUCCUCUGGCUUUGCGCCAUCUUUGGCAUCUUGAAAGCAGGAGGCGUGUACUGCUCGAUGGACCCAACAGUGCCCCAAGAAGUGCGCGAUCGGAACUUUGGCUUGUCGGGAGCAAAGGUAUUCAUCAUAGCAAAGCCCUGCCAACUUCCCAUCGUGCCGAAGGAAUGUCCCAUCUCGUUUACUGUUCAAAGCACCAUGGAUUCGACCGAGUUUGAGCCAGCACACCACCGCCUCACCGCGAGCCCCAGCUCGCCGGCGUACGUCUGCUUUACGUCGGGAUCUACUGGGACACCGAAGGGAGUACUCUGCGCUCAUGCCGGCUUGGUCGCGUUCCAAUCGUCCCUGGAUGUACGACUAUUUGCUGGACCGGGGCGAAAGAUAGCCCAUAUCAUGUCGGUCGCGUUCGAUGGGAGCAUCCACGAAGUCUUCUCUGCCCUGACCCACGGUGCUACCUUGGUCUUGCCAUCCGGCUCAGAUCCGUUCGGACACUUGCACACGGCUGACUCUGCAAUUCUGACACCCUCCCUGGCGAGAUUGCUUGAUCCUGACGAGUUUGAACGACUCAAAUGGGUGUACUUUGUUGGCGAACCAGUCUCGCAGGCCGUUUGCGAUCGCUGGGCAUCAGUCAAGCAGCUCUACAACAUGUAUGGACCAACCGAGGGAACCUGUGGAGCAACGAUUAAACGGCUGCUGCCCGGCCAGCCCGUGACCAUUGGCGUGCCAAACCCCACGACUAGAAUCUAUAUCCUCAAUGCAGACAGAGCCUUGUCGCCUCCUGGAGCCAUCGGCGAGCUGUAUCUUGCCGGUGUACAAGUCGCUGGAGGAUACUUGGGUCUGCCUCAGCAAACGCAACAGCGUUUCUUGCCCGAUAACAUAUGGUCGCGGGGGGUUGGCGAAAAGAUGUACAAGACGGGCGACCGAGGAUACUGGACGGAAGACGGAGAGAUUUCUUUGCUCGGACGUCGCGAUCGCGAGAUCAAAUUGAGGGGCUACAGGCUGGACAUGGGCGAUCUGGAGAUCCGGAUCGCACGGGCAUACCCGUCCUUGCAGGCUGUCGCCGUCGCCCAACACAAGGACCAGCUCAUUGCCAUGGUACAGCCAGAAAACGUCAGUGUGGUAUGUCUUCGACAAGAACUUGGAAAGGCACUGCCACAAUAUGCCAUGCCACACAUCAUCGUCACUGCCGACAAGCUCCCUGUCACCGGGGCCGGAAAGGUUGACUACAAAGCCGUGGCGGGGGUCGCCUCUCACCCGCGGAACACCCAAACCCACGUCGACAACAACAAGCUGGUCUCGUCAGCGGAGGUGGCUGUCGCACAGGCCUACAAGGCAGCUCUCCAGCUGGCGCAUGAUGUUGAGAUCACUGCGUCGUCGAAUUUUUUAGAGCUUGGCGGACAUUCGCUCCGCCAGCUUGAGCUGUUGCGACAACUGUCGACGACCUUUGGUGUGCAGCUGUCUCUCAAGAUGAUUCUUGGCUCCCCGACGGUGAGAGAGCUCGCCAAAGCAAUCACUCGAUGCAUCAACUCCACGCCAGCGCUUCCGCUCGACCAGAAAUACCCGGUGAGCGAGGAGCGCGCAACCCCCAUCGAGGUAGAAUGGAUGAGAAAAUACGAAACCUCGUCCGGCUCAUCGUCAUUCAAUGUUUGCUUUUCGUCACUGUUAGAUGUCAAUGUCGUCCACAAGGAAAGGCUCAUCGAGGCGUGGAAUAUGGUGCUGGCGAGGCAUCCGCUCCUGGCAUGCCAUUACGCCUACCGCGGAGCCGACGACAUCAUUCGCAUCAACCCAGGCUACGUGCCGCGUGUUCAGACACCCUGCUCGUUUGAUCUAUGGGCGGAAGCCAACCGCCCGUUCUCAUUGGAGCUUGAACAACCCGUCCGCGUAUUUGUUACCGACGAUCGCCUGACUGUUGUUUUGAGUCACAUUGUGGCCGACUACACCGCAUUGAGCCUACUGAUGCGGGAAGCUUCUGAUGCAUACAACGGCAAGCUCUUGGAUGCCGCCCCGCGUAGCUACUCUCUGGCAGACGUCUGGUAUGGAACACCAUCUGAAGCUGUCCUAGACUUCUGGACCAAGUAUCUGUGGCAAUGCCCUGAGAAUCCCCAUCCCUUCGGCGGCCAAAUCAAUCGCUCCAGUUACUCGGGAACAUCUGCGCUCUCACUCAUUCAUACCAGAGUCUUUGAGCAAAUUUUGGGGUUCUCUGUUUCCGCCAACGUCACGCUGCAGCAGAUUACAAUGGCAUGCGUUGCACUGUGCCUAGACCAGAGCGAGAGCAGGACAGAUAUUCUUUUGGGUGUGCCGCACAUCAACAGGGACACUGCCGACGACCUCGACACUUUCGGCCUGUUCCUCCAGCCCCUCCCUGUGCGUAUUAGGCACGACGCGGACUCCGUUGGUAGCCUGAUGGACUCUGUCAAGACGAGUUCGCAAAUGUCUCUUGCUCAUGCAAUGCCAUGGCAUCAAUUACUGGGUCACCUGGGCAUGCAGGCAGAGUACCCGAAUCAUCCGCUGUUCGAUGUCAUGGUGACGAUGCACGACUUUAGACACACCAAUGAGUUGGACAUGAAGAUUGCCGGACUCGAACCAUCGUUUGUUUGGGCGGAAGGGGCAAAGUUCAAACUUCUUUGUGAGUUCACGGCGCUCCCCAACGGGAAGCUACUGCUCAGGCUAGAGUAUGAUGCGGCCGUCGUGUCGGGCGUCGAGAUUGGGCGACUCAAAAACGCGAUACCGCUCGCGAUGCAUAUGCUCGCGACUGGAAGCGAGCAUGACGAAGUCAAGAUUGCAAUCAGAGACGGCCCGAAGCUGCCAAGCGACUUGGCGGGCAUUGCGUUGGAGGAUACAAAAUGUUUCUUUGGUAAAAGUCUUGAGGAUAUUUAGCUAGACUAGAGUGC